AAGAGAAGAAGGGAUACGAAACCAGCGCCAGUUAUAUUGACUUUCUUUUAAGCGACACGCGCGUUACACACUCCACGCGGGAGGAUACAUAUUAAAUUUUCAUGAUGAGGCCACAGCUAGAAAUGCUACUAGUUAUAGUAGCGUUAACUACGCACAUAUGUGGACUUCCUUAUGGAGCCUCGCCACCUCAAUUGCCAACACAAGAUCAAAUCGUUUGGUAUGGUGACAAUCGUGCUUCCCAAAUUCAAAACAGCGUCUUUUCUAAUUACAAAGAAAACAUUUUUCAAUCGCAACAGACUGGUCAAACGCAAUCAAAUUGGGAUCAAUCUCAGCAAAGUGCGUUUGAAGGAUACGAAACGCAUGCACCAUCAGAAUCACAAAAGUAUCAUCCCGAUUAUAUAUAUCAGUCUUCCGAUCAAACACUGCAACCUUAUCCUAGCGCUACGGAUGAUUUUACUAUCAGUUGCAGUGGUCAAAAUAAAAUUUGUGUAUCCAAAAGCUUGUGCAUCGACGGAUACGUGCAUCCCUUGAAGCAAGGCUUUAUUCGGCCAGGAAAAGUGCAAGAAUGCAAGUUGAGCCACGAAACAUGUUGCACCGUACGAUACGAUUUCAAUAAUUCGCCAUACGACGACGAUCAAAUUAAUACGGUAGUGAAGGAUAAUCAAUAUCCAGAACCCACUCUGGAGAACGAUCAGAGAUACGUUCCAUACGGGGAGAAUAACCAAGCGGAUGUUACCGAAUUGGAGACUCCAUUGGAAAGUGAUACUGAAUUGCAGGCCGCUCCGAACGAUGAACACGCGAUCGGAUCUGCUAAUCAACUUCGCGACGAUAAAAAAACGACUCAAGAAAUACCGCUUGAUUACAAUCAAAUAGCUGUUGGUACAAGUCAACAGAAACAGUACCAAACAGGCGAUGAUAGAGCUAGCGAGUCAGUUGCUCCUCCACUCAAAUCAGCUCCUACGAGCUCCAACUCAGUCUUCCAGUUUUCGAUUCAAGCGGGAUGCGCGGCUGCCUUGCUCUGCGUGGAAGAGCAGUAUUGUACAUUGGAAGGAGUAAUUAGUCCAGAACCAGUCGCCCUUUCCAGCAAACAGCUUUUACGACGUGUUCCGCUAAGUAGCUGCAAAAAUGCAACAACCGGGAUAGUCGGCAAAUGUUGUCGCGACCCAAAUUACGUGGACCCGUGGCCGACGGGCAAUCUACCGGCCAAUUACACCGGUGGCUUCGACGAGCAGGGUUUUCCAUCGUUUCUGAAUAUUGCAACAGUGCGGCCGCCGAAAAAGCCAGUUACACAACCACCCAUCAAGACGAGUCCCAGACCGCCGCAGAUUCACGAGCAAUUUCAACCCACGAGCGACAUACCUCUGAUACCGGGCGAUUCUAACGUGACACCGCAACGUGUGGUGCCAAUUUCGACUCAAGUUCCUAUAACGCCAAUCAACACACCCCCACCCGUCAUCAGGAACCCAUACGAAUCUGUUUCUACGAAUGAGCAUAUUUCUGUCAUACCACAAUUGCCGAAUAAUCCAUGCGGAGUGAGAAAUUAUGGACAACGUCCGAGCGGCUUUAAAAUAACCGAUGCGGCUUUCGGUGAGAUCCCGUGGCAAGUGAUGGUCUUAUGGUCGGAGGCACGUAAAAUCUUGUGCUCCGGCGCGCUCAUAUCAUCGGACAUCGUUGUGACAGCUGCCAAUUGCGUAGAUGGAUUUUCACCCAAUGAAUUGUCUGUAAAACUCGGAGAAUGGAAAUUGGGUUACGAACUUAAAUAUGAGGAACCGCUCCCGUUCGAAAUUAUCCAUGUACGAACAAUCAAGUAUCAUCCUGGAUACGUACAAGGAUUGUCCAGCAAUGAUAGCGCUAUAUUAAUCUUGGAGCAUCCCACGACAUUUAACUUACACAUCAAUACGUUAUGCCUUCCUGAUGACUAUCAAGUGCAAGAAACAUCGCAAUGCAUAGUGACCGGAUGGGGCAAAUCAAUAUUACAAGCACAUUAUGCUGGAGCCAUCAUGCACAUGGUCGACGUGGAUCUUCUGUCGCACGAUGUUUGCCAACAUCGUGUUUUUGGUGCAGAAUCUGAAAUAGACAUUGCGCAUAACAUAAUCUGCGGCAAAGCGCGAAACGACAAUAACAUGUGUCAGGCCGACAUUGGAUCUCCAUUGGCUUGCUACGAUGGCACGGGAGCAUAUCAUAUUGCCGGAAUUUACAGCCAAGACACUGGAUGUUUGCCCACAAAUCAAGUGGCGACAUUCUCUCCAAUUGACGUUUCCUGGGUCAAACAGACAAUGUCCGAAACUAACAAUAAAAUAGAAACACAAAUUGUCGAUGAUUACCGAAAGAGUAACUUACAAACGGAUAAUCAAUAUCUGCCGCCAAUAUAAGAAUGAUGCAGUAUAUAUUUACUGUUGUGUAACAUAUUUUUUUAAUACUCACGAAAAUGUUAAAACGAGAACAGAAAAGCGCCCACAUAAUACUCGAUUUAACGUAAUGCUGCCGAAAGUAACACUGAGAAAUACAAAAAAAAGUAAAAAUUGUCUCUUUUCUUUAUAAAAUUAAUCAAUUCUUACUAAAAAUGAAACAAGAAAAAAGAAUAUGGCAUUACUUUUAUUAGGGUUCGAGAUAGAAUAUUUAACUUUUUUAACAAAAUAAAAUAUUUAAUUUAUAUACUGAAGUAAGUUUAAGAAAAGAAUUUAAUAUUAAGAUUUAAAUGAUAUUUACCGACCAACUUUUCAUGUUUUUAUCAAACUCCAGGAUAUACUAUUCUACUGAGAUAGAAAGAGAUAACUCGUUUGCAUACGAUAUUGAU